AAAACUCGAAUUCAAAUCUUAUGUUCCCCGACGAUUUGUGACAUCCGUUGUUCACGGAGGUACCUUAGUGACUAGAAGUGGCGUAGAUUUGUGAUCAGCCUGCGGUUUUCAAGCUGUUGGAUUCGAGCCAUAAAUACAUGACACUAUCCACCACCGAAAACACUACUUUUGACCCAUCGACCUCCCAGUUACUGCCAUGUCGUCGCAAACUCAUCUUGCAUUCGCGAGUACAGCUGUUGGGAUAACAUCUGUUAUUCAGGUCCCGACACCAUCUCCUGGACCUGGUGAGGUGAUGGUAAAAGUGGCAUUCAGCGCAGUCGUACCCUCUGACACAUACGUAACGGAUUAUGGUCGGAAUACAAACGGCGAAUACCCAGUUCUGUUAGGCCUCAAUCUUAGUGGAGUUGUGGAAGCUGUUGGCUCUGGUGUGGGCGGCCUGCAGACAGGAGACAAGGUUUGCGGAUUUGCAACGACUGGAUCAAGGGGGAAGGGUUUACAAGAACGUGCAAUUAUGCAGAGUUCCACCUGCGCUAAGCUCCCCGAUGAUUACUCUCUCGAAGCAGCUGCGACAAUUCCCGACAAUUUUAUAACUGCAUUUUACACGCUGUUUGAUUGUUUGGAACUUACUCUGCCAACAUUCCCCGUCUCGGUACCACCUCCCCAUGCAGAGACUCCAAUCCUCGUUUAUGGUGCAGGGGCUACAUCUGGUCAAUACGCUGUUCAGCUGCUGGCCCUUGCUGGGUACAGGCGUGUCAUUGCAACGGCAUCCCCUCGCCAUCAUUCUUACCUCAAGUCUCUUGGUGCCGCCCAUGUCAUAGACUACAGCGCUGACGACAUGCUCGAGAAGAUCCUACUCGCUGCAGGCAAAAAGCUUCAAUUUGUCUUGGACUGCAUCGGCGCUGAGAGCACACUCAAAAGCAUAUGUAAUGUCGUUAGCUCCGACGGUGUGGUCGCUAUGCUAUUACCAGUGAAGGAAGGCACAAGGCAUGUUGCAGGGAAAGAUGCGCAAAUGUGGAUGGAAUUACCGGUAGACAGAAACCUCUUCCCAGAUUCGGUGAAACUGGUAGGCGUGAGGACGCGACUGUACCAGCAGAAUGAGUACCUUCGUGACAACCUGAUGCCAAAGAUUCUCCCUCGACUGUUGGAGGAAGGCAUCAUUCAACCCAAUCGAGUUCGCCUAUUUGACCAAGGAUCGCUACAAGAUCGCUGCCAGGAUGCUCUUGAUGUAGUACGAAAUGGACAAGUGAACGGAGAGAAAGUGGUCGUGAAAGUAGCAUCCGACUAGCUCAUUCACUGUACUUGCAUCUGGGUUAGGUGGGCGUAUCGGAGCGGAUAAUGAACAUGGUCAUCUGGAUACUGCCUGCAUAUAUGGUAUCGUAGCACUUAUCAUUUUCGGGU